CUUCAAAUGUUGAUAUAUUGGAACCAGACAGCCUUGCUUACGGAAAAACAUGUGAAUGUGGCCGAGAUCUAACAUUAUCUUGUAAGUUCAAGAAUAAAACAUUUGCCAUUGCUUGGAUGAAUCAAAACGAUAUUUCAGCAAUUGCUCAGUGUAUAAGAAACAAAUGUGACAUUAACCCUAAAUAUAUUGAUCAAUACAAGAUAUCAUAUGAUGAGACAAAUCACAUCUUUAAUUUAACAAUUAUUAAGUUAACCAUGAAAGAUAAUGGAAGAAAGUUGGUGUGUUCAGAUGGAACCAAUACUGAUUCACAGCUUAUUAGGGUCAAAGAUUACGAGCCUCUGCUUUUUGAAAAUACAACAGCUGGGACCAUACAGGCGAUCUCUGGCUGUAUUUCAAAUGUCACGAGAGUUUCGUUUAAAUGGAUAAAGAUAUGUGGACGUAACAAGCGCGAGAAAGAAAUCACCCCAAAAAUCCACAACACAACUACAAGUUGUUCGAAUAAUUCUGAUUGUGGGAAUGAUCAGCAAAUACAGUACUCAGAGGUAAUUUCCGCAAAGGCUAGUAACAAUGGAAAUUGCUAUCUGAAAGUUGUUGCGGAUUAUGGGAAUGAAAAAAUAGAGUCGUAUCAUACCGUUGGAAAAUACAUGAUGGAGGAUCAAGAUGAAGAAAGAAGCAAUACUGUAAUUGUGGUGGCAGUAAUUGUACUUGGCAGUGCCUUUUUACUGAUUUUUGCACUAGCUAGAUGUUUCAUUUACUUACGUCAUCAAAAAAAGAAAGAAGACGAAAUACAAAGUCUUGGGUAUGAUGGAACAGAAGAUCACGAGGAAGGGGUUAUUUCUGAAGCAAAUGACAUGACUUCAAACGAAACUAAAGAAAACGAUAAUUCUCACUGUCAGACUGUGCCCAAAAUUGAAGAAGAAAAUGGUCUCUCAUCUGAAGAACAAACCAGCAUUGAUCUUAAUCCAGACAGAGAUGUGGUCAAAAAGGAUGGAAAACAAACAAAUUUGCUUGCUAAACUUGUUGAUAUACUAAAAAAUGAUGAGGAACACGACUUGUCUGCUAUCGAAUCUACAGCAAACGACAAUUUCCUAGGUCAAGAUGUGCCCGAAAUUGGAGAAGAAAACAAUCUGUCAUCUAAAGAACAAACAAGACUUGAUCUUAAUACAGAUGGAGGUGACCUCAGACAUGAUGAAAAACAUAAAAUACCUGCUUGCAUAAUAACAUGAUUUAGAUGAUGAUAUGCUUGAAAAUGAAGAAAAAAGAUAUGUUAGAUAAAGAACAAACCAUAAUUGACCUUAGAACAGAUUUUGUUUCUUUAAUAAAGGAUUCUUAAUUAAUUAUUCGUAUAAAAUAUUUACUUGCUUUGUAUUGGAAAAAAUAGUAAUGAUAACAUUCACAUAUACCCUAUUUUGAUUUCCAUUUCGCUGUUUAAAUGAAGUAUUGUCUUGUAAUCAGAUUGUUAUAUGUUAAUUAAAUAAUAAUAUAGCUGAAUUGGAGAUAUUCUAAACUUAUCAAAUAUGUUCAAAAAUAGCGAAUUGUAAUGGUAAGAGUGAACAGGCACAAAUCAAAUUAACUUUUCAUACGUUUAUAUUUGACGACAAACAAUGUGACCAAUGUAAAUUUCUCUAAAUAUUAAUCACAAUGUAAAAGUAACGUACAAUUAUUAAAAAGAUUGGAGCAGUCUUUUUAUAAUAAAGGCUUUUUUUGUGUGUGUGUUUUUUUUAAAAAGCCCAAACAUUAAUAAAUAUUUUUUCAUGAAUAUGUCACCAUAAAAAUCUUUUAAAAUACCAUUUACAAUUCGCUAGGUAUAAUGUAAGUUUAACACAGUAUAAAUACAUCCUUUCAACAAAAACAGGCAGUUGAAAAACAAUACAACAGAUUGUCUUGACUAGUCAACGUCCCAAAUAUAGUUUAUGCAUUCUCUUAUUCAAAUAAGACACACUCAGUACAUUUUGUUUAGAAUUUCCAAUAUUUAUAUUUACUUAAAGAUGAGCAUAGUAUAUCUUUAUUGUUAUGUUCGUGUCUUUUUAAAGCAGAUGCUAAUGUAUAUAAUAAGUUAUACAAGUUACGGACGGGGCAUAUGGAAGAAUAUAGCCUGAAUGACAUAAACAUGAUCCGAGGCGCUAGUCGAGGGUUAUAUUUAUGUCAGCGAGGCUGUAUUCUCGCAUACUAGUAUAUUACGUCAACAACUUGUAUAACGAAUUUAUAAUAACGCAAAUUGACAACAAGUCGUUUAGAAAACCCAACAUCUAAACGUAUAUAAAAUUAUAUCUCUGCCGAAAAAAAUUGUUUGACUGUGAAAAAAGAAUACAUGUACACUCAAAUUGCUUGUAUCAAAGAAUUAUGGUAUUAAAUUCCGACAUUUUUUUCUGUUUUCAUAAAAUAUAUGUGUGCGAUAAAUAACAGAGCAAUUCCAUGUUACAACUAUUUCGAUAUUGUGGAAGCCAUAUAAUUUGACUGUUGAUAAACAUUAUUAAAACAAAUCAUAAGAUAUAGCUCUGGUACCCUUUAAGACUGUUUCAAACAAUUCAAAGUAGCGCUGGUAAUAGGUGCACAAAGAGAUGACGUAAAACGUUAAACUACGUGAACGUUGCGCAAUAAAAUGAAAUUCAGAUAUCAAGUAAUAAUAUUUUUGAAUUUGAUAUGCCAUAAAACAAAAUUAAAUAAUAGAUUUUACGCACAAACGUCAGGUAACCGUUUACGAUGUAAAAAUACAUAUGUGCGCGCUUCGGUUCUGUUUAAGCAAAUCAAAGUUUGAGAAGUUUAUUUGCAUUAUAUAUACUUUUCUUUUCUACUUAUUUUAUUAUACAUGUCUAUGUCAACUACUUUGUUACAUGGAAAGCUUUGCCAUAUAUUUAAACAGGACACAUUUUGAUAUAUACUAUAUAACUUCAUAGCUGAAAUGGCGCAGACAUCAGUAUUAAUCACUAUUUGAUAGCAUAUUUAGAAACAAUAUCCGGCAUAAAUAAAUGUACCUUUUAUUAAAUAUUCAAUAUUUAUUAUUCAUAAUAAAAAAACUUUAUGAUGAUUUAUAGUAUUUGCUAAGGCUUUUGACUAUUUAGUUUUAUGAUUUAAAUUAAUUGAAUGACGCUAUAAAAUCAAUGUUAGGUCCAGCAUAAAAUUUUAAAACUUUUAAAAUGAUGAAUUUACAUUGUGUUGGGCGUGAUAUAAGUGAUUAUGUAAAUACAUGUAUGUACAAGUGUACACUUAUUCAUAUAAUAUGUGUUUAAAAUACAUUUUCAUUUAAAACAAAACUAUAAAUGUUUAAUAUUGGUCAAAUAUAUAACGAAAUCAUAUUAAAAAACUUGCUACUCUCUAAGUAUCCUAUCAAGAUACAAUCUUACGUCUAUUAUAGUCAUAAACGUUUUGUGUUUCGAUUUCGACAUGGCAGUUUUGGAUCAAGCAAUAUUAGUGAAAUUGACUUAUAACAGCAGCGGUUUUGUGGUAUUGGUACAAUAGUAAUACCCAUCAAUCAUUUCUUGUCUUUUUCGUUUUCGGACAAGACUGUUUUUUAUGGACAAACUUUAAAUCAAAACGCCACAUAUGUAAUACUGUAAUUUUCCUUGUAUUAUUCUGUGUUGUUGUGUUUUGUUUCAUUUCACAAUACAUGCACUAUACAUCAAAAAUGUUAAUUGUUGCUAAUUUCAAUACUGUUAAGAGAUGAUUGUACAUGUUGUAUAUAUUUUAUGUUCUGCUCUUCAUAACUGGAGGAAAUAAAAGAAUCAAUGAAUCAUGCUUAAGAGAAAAGAAGUGUUUAUGAUUUUUGUAAAUAAGAGUACAUUUGAAUUUUUGUUCAAAACUGUUUUGCGUUUGAGUGCAAACUCGGAGGAAAAAAGGUAGACCAUGUUUGAAAUGUAAAAUAAUUUAAUGUGUUACAUAAAGUAUUUGCUAAAAUGAUACAACUUGAAAAAAGUACCAGAAUAAUUUAUGAUUUAUUGUACAGUUAAUUAGAUAUAAAUCUUAACAAACACAUGGGUAAAAGUGUACGAAAUUUGUGACAGUCACUUUGUUGUAAUGAUGGAUAGUUGUCUUAAAGUUAAGGGAAUGUAUAUAUUUUAUCAAAGUGAAACUGACUUAUUUGUUAAUAAUUAGUUUUCUGAGUUGUACGACUCAACCAGAGCACGAUCUUGUGUUUAAGGUGUGACCAUCCCAACGGCCACUAUAACCAUCUGAAUAAUUGAUAACAUAGGUCAGAUAAAUCUUGUGUUUAACUGCAGAUUUUUAACUUCAGAAAUGUUUUAAUUGUAUUAAUGUUGGAAACCUUAGAAUUUCAUUCUUACGACUAUGUGUUUCAUCACGUAGACUUGUUUCCAUAACUACGAAAGAAUAUCUAAAAUAUAUAUAUAUAUAAUAUCAAUGUAUAUCUUCACAACAUUUGACUUACUAAGCACUAUGUUUUAUACGUAAUAUCCAUCGAUCAUUUCUUUCCUUUUUCGUUAUAGAACAAGACUGGUUUUUAUGGAAAAACUUUUAAUCAAAACACAAAAUAUGCUUAAAAUAUUGUAAUGUUCAUUGUAUUAUUCUGUAUAUUGUUGCUUUUUGAUGUUUGUGAUUUUUUACUAUACAUCCCCUGUACAUCAAACAUGUUAAUUAUUGUUAAUCUUAA